AUGUCCAUGGCCACGUUCCCUGAACGAACACAAAUGGAGCCAUCUUCCCCAGAAUCAUGGAACAAAUUAAGUUCCAUUUACCAAGGUGUGAUCGAAACUAUGGUGAAUGCUGCUGUAAAGUACCGCCCAACAGAAAAGCAGUCUCGUAAAAAUGUUGCAAAUCCCGUCGAGUCUCAUGGUAAACUGGCUGCUGUGUGCAUCUCUGAUUACUGUGUAGAAGGAAGACGCAUGGGGUUGGAGCUAAAGAAAUACAUCAAUAACUGUCAGGUGAAGCCAGUUCAGCAGUUGGUUUUGCCACCAUUGUCUCUGGUGCAGAUAGAGAAUGUAAGAACUGGGGCAGGAUCUAGUAUCAGUGGUUCUGGAGAGUUGGGAUUUGGUUUGGCGGUAUCUGGUCAAAUGGCACUGGAAAUCGGUAGUGCAAAUGGGAGUGAAAUUAGCAGCAGUGAAUCUCCUGGAGGAAGGCCUGGCACUUUAGAUUUAAAAAUUGGAGGAAAGAAGCCUGGAGUAAAACUGAAUCUUGGAUUGUCUAUUUCAAAUGAAUUUGGUGACAGUGAACUUAGGGAAUAUGGAAUGAAAGGUGCUAGAGAUCUAGUUCUCAGAAGCUCAAGUGAAAUAAAUGGGGUUGGAUGUUCUGGUGGUGUCUCUGAAGAUUCAGGAGUCAAUCUGGGGCUGUUUGGUCACCAAGGAUUUGGAAUCUUUGGAAGUCGUGGGAGUGGAAAACAUGGUAGUGGAUCUCCUGGAGCUGCAUCCUUGAGUUUGGGAUCUGAUGUCGGUAGCUCAGGAGGCAACAGUUGGUCUUCUGGUUCUGGACGUGGUGGAGGAAGGAAGGGUUCUACUGGACUCAGUGCUUCAGGACUAAGCAAAUUUGAUGAAACUGGCAUUAGUGGUUCAGGUGAAGCUUCCACAUGGGACAGAGGAACAUACAGAGCUUUCAAUGGCCACAUCUUCUCCUUCCAGUCUUCCUGCGCAUAUAUAUUCUGCCGCCACUGUGUAGAAUCCGGAGGAGAUUUCAGUAUCGAGAUCAAAAGAAACAACAACAGCGAGAUUGAAAGAAUAAGAGUUCUGAUUGACAAUAAUGACAUAUCUAUUGUGGGUGAUACUAUUUUAGUUAAUGAAGAAAGGGUACAGAUACCGUAUAACAAUAAAUUGAUUCACAUUAAAAAGUUUGGACAAUAUAAUGUUUUGAAUAGCCGCAGAGGGAUCUUAUCUUUAGUGUGGGACAAAAAUAACAAACUCUCACUCACUCUUCACAAGCGAUACGAAACUUGUGGCCUCUGUGGUAACUUCAAUAGCACUCCAGGUCAGGACAUUGAUGAGCACAUUGUCAAGAGUAAAAUUCCUGGUGAUUGUCCCAGUGCUGUCAGUAAAAGCUAUGAAAUUUGUGAAGAUGGAGUGCAGUACUGUAACAAUAUUAUUGGAACUUACUUUGAGAAAUGUGAAAAGGUAGCCACUUCAUUGAGUGGCUACAAAACCAUCUGCAUCAAUGAGUACUGCCAAAGUGGAGACAAAAGUUCUAUGUGUGACACUUUCUCAGAGUUGUCCCGGCUCUGUGCUUCUGAUGGGCCUGGUGUCUUUGAAUCCUGGCGUGAUGAUUCCAAUGUGGCUUGUGAAAAACCUACAUGCCCAGAAAAACAUAUCUAUAAAGAAUGUGGACUCUCAAAUCCUGCAACUUGUUCUAAUGUGGCUCCUUUUCAAGACAGUGAAUGUGUGAGUGGCUGCUCCUGCCCAGAAGGGUAUCUACUGGAUGAUAUUGGAGAGAAAGGAAAAUGUGUAUUAAAGGAAAGUUGUCCCUGUGAAUCCAGUGGAAAAAUGUAUAACCCUGGAGAAGUCCGAGAAGGACCUUGUGGUUCUCAGUGCACGUGCCAAGAUGCAAAAUGGUCUUGCACUGAUUCCUUAUGCCCUGGAAGAUGUAAGGUGGAAGGGAGUUUAUUUACCACCUUUGAUGACAAUAAAUACCACCAUCCUGGAAACUGUCAUUUCUUGGCCAUCCAUAAUGAAGACUGGUCUAUUAGUGUUGAGCUUCGUCCAUGUCAAGACAGACAGACAGGAACUUGCUUAACCAGCGUUACGCUUCUCUUGAACUCAUCUGUUUCAGUUGCCAAAUAUGUUUUCAAUAGUAAUGGGAAAGUCACAAAGGAUAUGGUUAGAAUUAAGGAUUAUUACUAUUCGGAUGAAAUACAGAUCUUCAAAGUAUCUGCCUCAUAUCUUCAAGUGGAAACAUACAAUCACAUAAAAAUGCAAAUACAGAUAGUUCCCGUAAUGCAAUUAUAUAUUUCCAUGCCACCCAAGCAAUUCACAGACACUGUUGGACUCUGUGGUUCCUACAACAAUAAAGCUGAGGAUGAUUUCAUGUCAAGUCAGAAUAUACUGGAGACGACAUCUCAAGCAUUUGCUAAUUCUUGGGAGAUGAUGCCCUGUCCUAAAGGAACCCCUGCCUCGUGUAUCAGUAUUGAAAAGGAAAAUUUUGCUGAAAAUAGCUGUGGGAUUCUUCUUGAUUCAAGUGGACCAUUUGCUUCCUGCCACCAAAUUGUGAACCCUAAAUUCUACCAUGAGGAAUGCAAAAAGUACACUUGUUCUUGUGAAAACAGUCAAGAUUGCCUGUGCACAAUUUUGGGCAACUAUGUGAAAGCAUGUGCUGAAAAGGAAACAUCCCUAGUGGGGUGGAGAACUGGACUGUGUGAACAAUCUUGUCCAAGUGGCCUAGUUUUCAAGUACAAUGUCAAAGCUUGCAACAGUUCUUGCCGAUCCCUGUCAGAGAGAGACAGAAGCUGUGAUGUACAAGAUGUUCCGGUUGACGGAUGCACUUGUCCUGUUGGAAUGUACCAGAACAGUGAGGGAAACUGUGUCCAGAAAUCUCAGUGUGACUGCUACAUAAACGAUGAGGUUGUACGCCCUGGGAAACUCAUGCAGAUUGAUGACAAUAAAUGUGUCUGUCAGGCUGGAGUUCUUCUUUGCCAAACUCCCAUCGAUUUAACCCUAAAAAAUUGUUCUGGAGGGGCUGAGUAUGUAGACUGCAGUGAUCCCAAGGCACAGAGAAGAACUGAUAAAACAUGUAGCACUUGGAACAUACCUGCUUUUGAAGGUGACCUGGCUUGCAAACGUGGGUGCUACUGUCCAGUAGGAAUGGUUCGGAACUCUAAAGGAAUUUGUGUCUUUCCUGAUGACUGCCCAUGUUCUUUUGGUCAAAGGGAAUAUGACCAAGGAAGUGUCACUUCUGUUGGCUGCAAUGAAUGUACUUGUAUAAAAGGGUCUUGGAAUUGUACACAAAACGAAUGUCAGACCACUUGCCACAUCUAUGGUGACGGUCAUGUUAGAACUUUCGAUGGGCAAAGUUACAGCUUUGAUGGUCUCUGUCAGUAUUCAUUUCUUGAGGACUAUUGUGGUCAAGAAAAUGGCACGUUCCGCAUUUUAACUGAGAGUAUCCCAUGCUGUGAAGAUGGGCUUACCUGCUCAAGGAAAAUCAUCGUGGCCCUCCAGGAUCAGAACAUUGUCCUGCAAGAUGGUAAAGUGACGACAGUCAAAACUGCAGAAAGUGAGGCGUGUGAACUCAGUGAGAAUGCCUACUCUAUACAUACUGUUGGCCUGUACCUGAUUCUGAAGCUUCAGAAUGGAAUAAUCCUGAUUUGGGACAAAUACACAAAAAUAUCUGUUGUACUGGAUCCAAAGUGGCAUGGAAAAGUGUGUGGUCUUUGCGGAAAUAAUAACGGUGAUCUCAAGGAUGAUUUCACCACGAGGUAUGCCUCCAUUGCUGCUGGAGCCCUGGAAUUUGGAAAUAGUUGGAAAACGAGCCAGGAAUGUUCAGACACAGUAACUCAGAGUUUCCCGUGUGACUCAAACCCUUACUGCAAAGACUGGGCUGUGCGGAAGUGUGAAAUCCUGAGGGACAACACCUUCAGAGACUGUCACAGCAAGGUCGACCCCAGCACUUACUAUAACGCAUGUAUUGAGGAAGCCUGCGCAUGUGACAUGGAGGGCAAGUACCUUGGCUUUUGUACUGUGGUGGCCAUGUACGCAGAAACCUGCAAUGCAGCUGGAGUCUGUGUCCCCUGGAGAAAGCCAAACCUCUGUCCUGUAUACUGUGAUUAUUACAAUGCUCCCGGGGAAUUCAACUGGCAUUACGAGCCCUGUGGUACUGUGGCUGCAAAAACUUGUAAAGAUCAAGUCAUUGGCCGGAAGUUUUCCUCACUUUUAGAAGGUUGCUAUGCCAGGUGUCCAGAAAGUGCUCCGUAUCUGGAUGAGAACACCAUGAAAUGUGUCAGUUUGUCUAAGUGCAGCUGCUUCUACAAUGGCGUCAUCCCAGCAGGGGGAGUCUUUGAGGAUAACUGUGGAAAAACAUGCUAUUGCAUUGCGGGGGAGUUGCAGUGCAGUGCUUCCACUGCAACAGGUACCUCCGUAGUAAGCAGCAAAGCUGCACUUACCUUGGUUACCAGUAGCUCAAGCACAGCAGCAUCCAUUCCAGUGAUUACAACAUUAAGCAGUGAAACAAAAACAGACUAACUGCUACUUAACAAACUCAAACUGCAAGCAGAAAUGAAGGGAACUGAAGAAAUCAAGUCACAAAAU